AUGGCAGGGUCUGGCAAUGCUUUGGUGCUCUACAUCCUGGUCUGCUGCCUGUGCCAAGGUGCUGCAAACAUCAAGUGCUCAGGGCGCGUCUGGGUCGACCCCGCGCCCGUAGUGCAGAUGGGCUCCAACAUCUCCAUCAACUGCCUCUCCACCCUCGGCUGCCCCUCAGCCAAGUUCAUCAUCCUCCUCAACUACAACCGCACUGAGGGUCCCCUGCACCCCCUCAACAGCAGCUCCGUCCAGCUCCGGCUGCGCGAUUUCCGGCUGCCCUUCGGGGCCAUCGUCUGCUUUGCCCGCUGCCCCAACAGCGGGAGGGACCAGCUGGUGUGUGGCACUGAGGUCCGGGCCGGCUACCCUCCAGACCCCCCCAGCAACCUGAGCUGUGUCAUUGCCGAGGGCUCGGAGCACCUGGAGUGCAGGUGGGAUGCAGGGAGGCCGCCCCACCUGCUCACCCACCACACCCUCCACCUGCGCAGCACGUUGUUUUCAGAGGAGAAGGUGUUUCCUGCAGACUCACCAGUGCCCCUGAGUGCGCUGUGCAACAGGAGCCACUAUUCGGUGUGGGUGCAGGCCAGGAAUGCAGUGGGCACUGCCCACUCGGCCCCACAGCUCCUCAGCCUGCAGGACAUUGUAAUCCCCACUCUGCCCCUGGUCACUGGUGCUGAGACAACAGAGGCAUCCUCUCCCACCACCACGAUCCACUGGAGCCGUCAGACACAGCUGGAGAACGUGCACUGCGAAGAGCGACACCAAGCCAAGGGCACUCCAGCAUGGCAUGUGGAGGUGUGGGACAGUGCAGCACAGGAUGGGCCCCGCUGGCAGCACAACCUGCAGAGUGACACCCAGUACCUGUUCCAGGUCAGGUGCAGGCUCAGCAUCCCCAACAGUCCCUGGAGUGCCUGGAGCCCCCCCUUUCUCUACACCACCCCGGAGGCAGCCCCCGCCGCGGCUCCCGACGUCUGGCGGCGCCUGGGCCCGGCGUUCCCCGACGGCAGCCGCGAGGUGACGGUCUUGAUCAAGCCGCUGCCCCCCCGGGACGCCCGCGGCAGGAUCCUGGGCUAUGCCGUGGCUGCCGAGACCCCCGGAGGAAUGCUGGUCCUCUGCAACACCUCCAGCACGGAGUGCGAUAUCACGGUGCAACCGGGAACCCACACCCUCCUCAUCACUGCUCACAACUCCAAGGGGGCUUCCAGCCCCACCAGCAUCACCCUUGGCCAGGGUGCCAGCAGCCAGGAAGAAUUCCCAGCACCAGUGGCUCUGGAGGUCAAGCCUGACAACCAGAGCAGAGUCUUGGUUCACUGGCAGCCCCCCCUGCACAGUAAGAGCCCCCCACUCUGGUUCAUAGUGGAGUGGGUUUCUACCUCCCAGUAUCACCAGGAGGAGCACUAUUUUUGGAAGAAAGUCCCAUCCCAGGAAACACACACAUACAUCCAAGAGGAGGCAGCAGCUGGGUUUCGCAUCAAUGUGUCGGUGUACGCGGUCUACACCGGCGGAGUCAGCAAACCCAGCUCUGGCAAAGUCCCUCCAGAGGAGCCGCUCCUGGGCAGCAUCUACAGUGAGAAUCCCCAUGAUGAUGACAUCAGAGUUUUCCUGGGACUGGGCAUCAGCAUGGUCAUAUUAUCAGUUGGUUUUGCAAUUCUGAUGUUUAAAAAAUCAGUCAGAAAAAGUAUUAAAGUCACCACUGUGCAGCUUUUGCCAAAAUGGCUGUUUGAAGAGUUUCCCCACAUGGAAAACAGCAACGUGGUGAAGUCCCUCCAGACCAAGAGUGAUUUAAUGAGUGACAGUUUCCAGGAUCCACUCCUGGACACCAGCGACCCCACAGUUAUGGAAGUCGAGGAGGUGCCGGCGCAUGAGGCACACGAGAGUGUGGCCACCCCAAGGAAGCCCAGCAGAGAGGUCACUGAGGAUGGGGAGAACCCAGGGGCCGUGGCUCCUGCCAGCACCACAAUCCUGGAGCAUAUCAGUGACUACAAACCCCAGAUAUCCAAUGGGAACACACUGGGAUACAUCGCUGCCAACAUUUACCAGACGCAGCCCCCCCCAGUCCUCCCAGAACCAGAGAUGAGCAUCUUUGGAGACUACACGAGCCCCGUUCCACACUUGUGGGAUGGGGAGGGAGGGGCACCCCAAGUCUGUCUGCUGGAGAAGAUCAACCUCAUCCUAAACAACAGUCGGAGCGGGCAAAGCCAGAUGUUUGUCUCAGCCCAGGGGGGACACGCGUCCCUCCCAGAGAACCAGUGGGGACAGAGGCUGCCCAGCCAUGACCAAGAGCAAAUGCUGGUCCCCAAGGAGCUACUCUCCUGCCUCAGAUCCAUGAACAGGGAGUCAGUGGAUAUAAAGCCCUACUUUCCACAAAGCAUUGGAGGGUUAUUUUGAGAGGAAUUGUAAUUGUGGUUAAAACCCCAUAAGUGGUGACCAAGGCAGGUAUCAGAUAUUUGAGAUCACCAACAGCAGAGCUGGAGCAAAACCCCCAGUCAGAAAUUUGCCCUCUUGCUCACUACAAGUUCUUGUGGCUGCCUGGAAAACUUGGGCCAGUAAAUCACAAUUUUAAACUUAUCUUGUAUUGACACAAGCAAAAAAACUGUAAAACCUGGAUUCCUGUAGGAACUGAAAUGCCAAGCAGGUGAUUCUUGCAAGGUGCAAUGUGUUUUAAUUAUUAUUCAACAUCCUUCU